AUGGCUAGCGACGAAGAAACACCGAAACACACAGGCCACAAGCCUAAAUCUCAAAACACAGAGACCAACGAUGUCUCUGAUCCCUUUUAUAUACAUCAUUCAGACCAAACUGGUCUGACACUUGUCACUCAACUCUUGGAUGGUGACAAUUAUGCAACUUGGAGUCUUGCAAUGAUAAUGACUUUGGAGGCAAAGAACAAACUUGGCUUUGUGGAUGGGACGAUCAAAGCACCAGCCACAACCAGCGCCAAAUACCCCAUCUGGAGAAGAUGUAACCAGAUGAUCAAGUCUUGGAUCCUCAACUCCAUCAGCCCCUCUCUGGCUAACAUCGUCAUCUAUGCAAAUACAGCUGCUGAGGUUUGGCUAGAUCUCAAAGAACGCUUCUCUCAAGGGAAUAUUUCCAGGAUUUUCCAGAUUAAACGAGAUAUUGCCGAACUUCGACAACAUCAGCAGUCUAUAUCCGUGUAUUACAACACACUGAAAGGUCUUUGGGAUGAGUUGGGAUCAUAUGCUCCCGUGCCAUCAUGUAAGUGUAAUCCCAUGUGUGCUUGUGGAGUCCUAAAGGAACUCACUGACAGAGAACAACAAGAGCGAGUUCUUCAAUUCCUUAUGGGCCUGAAUGAAACCUACUCCGCAGUUCGCACACAGAUCCUACUAAUGUCACCCUUACCUUCUGAGCGUAAGGUAUAUGGGAUGCUUGUACAAGAAGAAAAACAAAGGCAAAUAGCUGAAAGUGGGGAGAAUAAUUCUUCUCAUGCAAUGAAUAUAUCGAGAAACACCAAUAAGCAGCCUCGCCCAGUGCAAGGCGAAGAUAACAAAAACCUUCACUGCACAUACUGUGAUGGUGACACUCAUACCAUCGAUCGGUGUUAUUAUCUUCAUGGAUUUCCAACCUGGCACAAGUUGCAUGGAAAGACAAUCAAGCCACCAAAUAGAAACAAGCGUGCAGCAGCCAACAAUACCAACAAGGAGGGAGCCAAGACAUCUGCUGCCAAGACCCCUGAAGAUUUAAAAUUUACAGCUGAUGAAGUGUGCCAAAUCAAGGCAAUCCUUCGAGGUGAUGGUAAAAAUCAAGCAUUUGCGAACGCAGCAGGUAUGACUAAACCUCAGUGCUAUGCCUUUGCCACGGAUCAUCCAGAUUAUUGGAUCAUUGAUAGCGGUGCAAGUGAUCAUAUUACUUUUUCCUCCAAAUUAAUUCCAGAAAAGUCCUCACCUUUUAAUUCCUCAGUCACCAUGCCAAAUGGAACACAAGCAAAAAUCACUUGUGUUGGUUCUAUCAAUCUCACCUCUCGCCUAAAAUUACAUGAUGAUUUAACCUCGAGGAAGAUGAUUGGAUUGGGGAAGGAGCGUGAUGGUUUGUACUAUUUAGUACCAGUCACCGAAGAUUUUCUUCGUGAGCAUAGUCCCACAAUUGCGAAUGUUGCACAACCCUCUUCAACAACAAAUCUCUGGCACAAACGAUUGGGUCACUUGUCUAGUGAUAUUUCCCAUGACACAAAACUAGAGCUACCUCCAGCUCCAGUUUUACCGUCCAUCCCAAUCACUCAAGACACCCAUUCACUUGAGCCCAACCAAUCAAACCCCUCAUUUGAGCAACCCAUUGUUGAUCCACAUACCCAACCUUUGUCUUCACCCGUACCAUCCAAUUUUUCUCCAAUUACCAUUCUUCAUGACUCUUCCUCAUUACCUACACCUAACAGCCCUUCUACACUGACACCUCCACCACAAGAACUUCGCCGUGGCAUGCGCUCCAAGAUACCCAACGUGCGCCUUCAAGACUACGAUUGCUCACAGGUGACGACCCCCAAACCCAAUUCAACAUCUUCUUCCAGGUCAGGUACUCGUUACCCUUUUUCUAAAUAUCUUUCUUCUUCUCACUUGUCACCAUCACAUCACACUUUUAUCCACAAUAUCACUACAUGUGUUGAACCCACCUCCUUUGCUCAAGCUAAUCUUGAUCCCAAGUGGCGUGAAGCCAUGAAAGUUGAAUUGCAGGCCCUUGCACACAAUCAAACCUGGACGCUUACACCUUUGCCUCCUGGUAAGCGGGCCAUUGGCAGCAAGUGGGUAUACAAAAUCAAACACAAGUCUGAUGGUACAAUCGAGCGCUACAAAGCACGGUUGGUGGCUAAAGGCUAUACACAAACUGAAGGUUUGGAUUACUAUGAGACAUUUGCCCCCGUUGCCAAGUUAGUUACUGUGCGUUGCUUACUGACUGUUGCUGCUCAUCGUGACUGGCCUCUCCACCAAUUAGAUGUGCAGAAUGCUUUCCUCCAUGGUGAUUUGGAGGAAGAAGUCUAUAUGGUGCCACCACCAGGCAUGCGUCGACAAGGGGAGAACUUGGUUUGUCGCCUUCGGAAAUCUCUAUAUGGUUUGAAGCAGGCCUCUCGCCAAUGGUUCUCCAAAUUUACACAUGCGAUACAACAAGCUGGUUUUCGUCAAUCAAAGGCUGACUACUCAUUAUUCACACGUAUAAAUGGUCCUUCUAUCACUGUGGUACUCAUUUAUGUUGAUGACAUGAUCAUCACAGGCAAUGAUCCUGCUGCCAUACAACACUUGAAGGAUUUUCUUCACCAUACAUUCCGCAUCAAAGACCUUGGCCUGCUUAAAUACUUCCUUGGCAUAGAAGUGGCACGUUCAAAGAGUGGUGUUUCCAUUUCACAAAGGAAAUACGUUCUGGAUAUCCUUGAUGAUGUUGGUUAUUUUGGAGCAAAACCUGUGGAGUUUCCCAUGGAACAAGACCUGAAAUUACAGCCAAUGGUUGGAGACUUACUGAAAGAUCCGACCCAAUAUAGGAGAAUUGUGGGAAGACUUAUUUAUCUCACCAUAACAAGGCCCGAUAUCUCAUUUUCAGUUCAAGUUCUAAGUCAAUAUAUGAAUCAGCCACGUAAACCUCAUUUCGAUGCGGCUAUGCGUGUGUUGAAAUACUUAAAAGGCACAGCAGGUCAAGGAUUGUUUUUCCCAUCACAAAAUUCAUUGCAGCUGCGUGGUUAUUGUGAUGCUUCAUGGGCAUCAUGUCCUACGACAAGAAGAUCAGUUACAGGAUACUGUGUUUUCUUAGGAAAUUCAUUGAUUUCUUGGAAGACAAAGAAGCAAUCCACCAUCUCACGCUCAUCAGCGGAGGCGGAGUACAGAUCCAUGGCUGCAAUAACGUGUGAACUCACAUGGAUUCGAUAUGUGUUACAAGAUCUUCAAGUGUAUCAUUCGGGACCAGCUCACGUGUAUUGUGACAAUCAAGCUGCAAUACACAUUGCGGCCAAUCCCGUUUUCCAUGAACGAACCAAGCACAUAGAACUCGAUUGUCACUUGGUUCGAGAAAAAUUACAAGCUGGACAAAUCACGACUCACUACACACCCUCAAAGCAUCAGAUCGCAGACUUACUCACUAAGGCUUUGGGUAAAGGGCUAUUUCACGCGCACCUUCGCAAGUUGGGCAUGCACAAUAUCCACGCUCCAACUUGA